AUGGCGGUUUCUCUGAUUCAACCGUUGCUUUGCUCGGACAACUUCCGAGGCUUCAGAGUCUCAACCUCGCUUUCAAUGACUUCAACCUUUCCAAGAUUGGGUCGUUUAACCGGUUUGACCCAUCUGAACCUCUCGAAUUCUAGGUUUUCUGGUUCAGUUCCUUCUGAAAUCUCUGGUUUGUCCAACAUAGUUUCCCUUGAUCUCUCUUCCUCUCAUUACAGUCCCUUGGUUCUGUCCCUUGACGGCCCGGCCAUGGGAUCGUUUGUUCGUAACCUGAGAGAAGUGAGUGAGCUUCUUCUUGAUGGAAUCAAUAUGUCCUUAGUUCCAACCACCCUACUGAUGAACCUGUCGGCUUCCUUUCCUUCUCUUACUUGGCUCAGUCUUAGUAACUGUGAGCUGAGCGGUCACCUCCCUGUUGAUAUCUUACAUUUACCAAACCUGAAGAUGUUGAAUCUGUUCUCGAACAAUGAUCUGAAACUUAGCUUACCAAAGUCAAAAUGGAACAGCUCAAUCGAGCACAUGGACCUGUCUUUCACACUCAUGUCCGGGGAAAUACCCGAGUCGGUCGGAGGGUUAACCUCUCUGAACCAUCUGAGUCUCUGCAACUGCAUCUUAUCAGGGUCGAUCCCUGAAAGUAUCAAGAACCUCAAGAAGCUUGCUUACUUGGACUUGUCAAGAAACAUGCUUACAGGUGAAAUCUCGUCGGCUCUCGCAGAUCUUGAACAGCUCAACCACUUGGAUCUUUCUUACAACAAUCUCACCGGUGAAAUCCCCGAGUUUCUUGGGAAUCUCGACAAGUUGGUGUUUCUGUCUAUUGGUGAGAACAUCCUAACCGGGAGGUUGUUACCUUCGCUGUUUGCACUUCCCUUCAUAGAAUAUCUGGACGUUGGAGGUAACCAGUUAGAGGGUACUAUUCCCGACAUUGUGGAUGCACCCUUGCACCUGUCUGAACUCGACUUGUCAGAUAACUUGUUCAAUGGAACAAUACCAUCUUGGUUGUACCGGUCGCCUUCACUUCAGUUCCUGUACCUCUUCAGGAACAGACUUGUCGGUCAUCUAGGAGGGUUCCAGUCCAAAUCUUUGAUGAUCUUUGAUGUCAACACUAAUUUCCUCGAAGGCUCAGUUCCGUCCUCCAUCUCUGAACUCGAGCAACUUCGAGGUCUUUUCCUGUCAUCAAACAACUUCACAGGCGUUGUUGAUCUGAUGAUGUUCUCUGAUCUCAAGAAGUUGUUUGUUCUUGAUCUCUCGUAUGAUCAUCUCUCUGUGACGAGCAGAGCCGUUGAAGUGGAUUUCGUCUUACCCGAACUGCUGCUUGUCUACUUGUCCUCAUGCAACAUAACUGAGUUCCCCAGUUUCAUCAAAGCCCUCGUGAACUUGAACAGCUUGGAUCUGUCCAAAAACAACAUUCACGGGCAGAUUCCUGAUUGGGUUAUGGAUGUGGGUAAGAAUUCUUUUUACUCAUUGGAUCUUUCUCAGAACUUAUUGACGAGUUUUGAACAACCCUUCCGAUGGAGAAUGCUCGGGUACCUUAAUCUUGGGUCAAACUCUCUUCAGGGUUCGGUUCCGAUUCCUCCACUCACCGCAACUUUCUUCUCAGUCUCUAGAAACAGUCUUACAGGCGAAAUACCUUCUCAGAUUUGUGAUUUGCCAUCUCUAGAAAUUCUUGAUCUUUCUCAAAACAUGUUGAGUGGUAGCAUUCCAGGUUGUCUUCUGAACUCCAGCUCGAGCCUUUCGGUGUUGGAUCUUCGGAUGAACAACUUCCGUGGUUUCAUCCCGACAACGCUUCCGAAGUUGUGUAAACUGAAAAACAUAAACCUCAACGGGAACCAGUUACAAGGGUUGUUGCCAGAAUCCAUAUCCAACUGCAGAGACCUGGAAGUUCUUGAUGUUGGCAACAAUGGAAUCAAUGGCAGUUUCCCAUCAUGGUUGGAUUCCUUACAGAAGCUAAAAGUUCUCGUCUUGCGAUCCAACCGGUUCAAUGGCUCUGUAGCGGUUCCUAAAACAGUCUCACCUUUCCCCAACCUUAGAAUUCUCGACCUCUCCAACAAUAACUUCGACGGUCCUUUUCCGACAAGGUACGUUGAGAAUCUCAAGGCAAUGAUGAAUCUUGACGAGGAAAGUCAGAGCGAUCUGCAUUACCUGAACGAAGGAAACUUCUCCUACAACUAUUCCGUCAGUGUGAAUAUAAAAGGGUUCAGGUUCGAGAUGAUGAAGAUACUAUCCAUCUUCACAAGCAUCGAUCUAUCGAGCAACAACUUCCAUGGCGAGAUACCAGCAGGCAUAGGGAGGCUCAGUUUUCUCAGAGGACUCAACGUUUCACACAACGAUCUUGUCGGUGAAAUCCCGACAUCAGCCGGGAACCUGACCAAGCUUGAAUGGCUAGAUCUCUCUUCAAACAAACUCACAGGGAUGAUCCCGAAGCAAUUGGCCGACAUCAAUUCACUGUCAUUCUUGAACCUUUCUCAGAACUUGCUCACUGGACCAAUCCCAGAAGGGAAGCAGUUCAACACAUUCCAGGCCAGUUCCUUCGAAGGAAAUAUGGGUUUAUGCGGAUCGCCAUUGCCGAACCCUUGCGGAGGUGGUGACAAAGGAGGAGGAAGACAUCAAGGGAUGGACACUGACGAAGACGAGGAAGACACUGAGUUUGAACUGGAUUGGAGAGUGGUUCUAAUGGGGUAUGGAUGUGGAACCGUGUUCGGUUUAGGCAUGGGGUACAUCGUGUUUCAGACAGGAAAACCUGGUUGGUUAGUAGCUUGCGUGGAGGGCACGUCAUCGACAAGAAGAAGAAGAUGA